AUGUCAGGAUUCUUGCAGAUCACCCCUGAAGGCUCUCCUCGUGCCGAGCGCAGGGGUGAGGUGGGAGGCCAUGGGGACAUCCAAGGCUCCUUCUGCUUCCAUGGUGAAGGCGUUACUACCACCCAGUACAUGUUUGAAGAGCACAACACAUCUGGCAUCUCUACCCAGAGCUGGGGGAAUGAAGGUGACACAAGUGUACGAAGCCACUCCCAGCACAUGUUCACAGAAAAGUUGGGAGCAGUGGAGUGUCCUGAGGGCCAUGUCACCCUGCAGAGCCACACCACCAUCACCCGCCACACAGCCCAGACAGAGUCACAGACAGCCCGGCCCUGCACACCCACGGAAGAAUCUGGACCCUGA